GAGGAGGAGAUGCUGAUCACUGUGCCGCCGCAAGAAAUUGCCGCUGAUCGUUCAUUCAUCCAUGCAUCCAUUCAUUCAGAAGCUCUGCCACGCUUUUCCUGGAAGAUUUUAAUGUAGCCGUGGACCCUUACAUCAGCAUGUGAUGACGACUGAGAAAAUAUUUACACACGUUCCGGUUUAGCACGUCCUGUAAAACCCAGCCUAACAGGAGCUCCCGGCGCCCCAGCGAGGCAUCUUACAGAAGCCGCAAGAAAAAAGCGCAAGGCCGAGACUCAACCGAGGCAUCGUGGUUUGGAUUCUUGGCUGAGGGAGAGAGAGAGAGAGAAAGGCGUCGCUCACCUUUACAGGUUUUCAAACGCAUUGUGUACCUGGUCACUUAGAUCCAAAAUCCAGUAUAAGUUCUCUAAAUUAAGAUGCCUUUCAACAUAACGCUAGAAUUAACUGAGAUGCAAAAUAUGAAGGUUCCUGAAGAUGACAACAUUAGCAAUGAUUCUAAUGAUUUUACAGAAGUAGAAAAUGGACAAAUGAAUAGCAAGUUCAUUGCAGACCGUGAGAGCAGAAGAAGCCUAACCAACAGCCAUUUGGAAAAGAAGAAGUGUGAUGAAUACAGUCCAGGCACAACAUCUUUGGGAAUGUCUGUCUUCAACCUUAGUAAUGCUAUCAUGGGUAGUGGAAUAUUGGGUCUUGCCUUUGCUUUGGCCAACACAGGAAUUGUACUCUUUACGUUGCUUUUGAUUUCAGUGACACUGCUCUCCAUUUAUUCAAUAAAUCUCUUGUUAGCAUGUGCAAAGGAAACAGGCUGCAUGGUUUAUGAAAAACUCGGAGAACAAGUUUUUGGCACUCCAGGAAAGAUUAUUGUUUUUGGAUCUACAUCUCUUCAGAACACUGGAGCUAUAUUGAGUUACCUCUUUAUAGUUAAAAAUGAGUUGCCUGCUGCCAUAAAGUUCCUUAUGGGAAAAGAUAACACAUUUGUAGCCUGGUAUGUGGAUGAGCGAGUUCUGGUCGUAGCUGUCACCUUUUUAAUAAUUCUUCCUCUAUGCCUUCUGAAAAAUUUGGGCUAUCUUGGCUAUACUAGUGGAUUUUCCCUGACAUGUAUGGUAUUUUUUCUCAUAGUGGUCAUAUACAAGAAAUUUCAGUUUUCUUGUCCUUUUCUGGACAGAAAUGCAACAGAUGCUAUUUCUUCCAAUUUUAGCUUUGGCACAGAGGCAUGCAGACCAAAAUAUGUUACAUUUAAUUCUAAGAGUGUGUAUGCUUUGCCUACCCUUGCAUUUGCAUUUGUGUGCCAUCCAUCAGUCCUUCCAAUCUACAGUGAACUUAAAGAUCAUUCCCAAAAAAGAAUGCAGAUGGUUACAAAAAUCUCUUUCUUUGCCAUGUUUGUCAUGUACUUUUUAACUGCUAUUUUUGGCUACUUGACAUUUUAUGAAUCUGUACAGUCAGAUUUGCUUCACAAAUAUCAGAAUAAAGAUGACAUCCUUGUCUUAACUGUUCGUGUUGCCGUCAUUGUUGCAGUCAUACUUACAGUCCCUGUGUUAUUUUUCACUGUUCGUUCAUCUAUAUUUGAGCUUGCUGGAAAAACCAAAUUUCAUUUAUGCCAACACAUUGUGAUUACAUUGAUUCUUUUGAUGAUCAUUAACCUGCUGGUUAUUUUUAUACCUUCCAUGAAGGAUAUUUUUGGAGUUGUAGGAACAACAUCUGCCAAUAUGUUGAUUUUUAUUCUUCCAUCUUCACUCUAUUUGAAAAUCACAGAUCAAGAUAGUUCAAAACUGAUUCAGAGAAUUUGGGCAUCCCUCUUUUUGGCAUUAGGAAUUUUAUUUUCCAUGGUGAGCAUUCCUCUUGUCAUCUAUGAUUGGAUGCAUUGAAGACAUGCCACUGAAGGUUAGUGAGAUACCAACAUGAACACAUUAUCUCUUUGCUGUUCACAAAAGUCACCACUCACCUAUUUUGCAAGUGUGUCCCACUCAUCAGAAAUUUCGUCUAUUAAACAAACAAGAAUUAAUCAUCACUGCAUAUUUUCCACAGGAGAUAGUUGUUAAUUUGUAAUGUUUACAUCAGUAUUAUUACAGUGGUCAGAACAAUUUCACAGAUCCCAUUGGUCAUAGGUCUUCUGUAUGCAGUAAAUAAUGAAUAUUAUAAUGAAAUACCUGAAGAAUAUCUUCUACUGUUUCAUACAUUGCACAUGAAUAUUUCUUCUGAUUUUCAGCUAAAGUCCAUUAUCCUGAUCAAAGUAGAUCACACUGGUGCAGUAAUGUGGUUAAUGAUUAGAUAGAUAACUAGUAUUUUGUCACGUAUGGACUCUAUGGAGUCUUUUGGUAUUAGUAAACAAAGACUUAAUUAUUUAAGCUCAUUAUCCUUGUGGGAGAUACAUAUGCAUAUGUACCCAUUUUCAAAGUAGUCUCCCAGGAUAUUUACCUUGUCUCCCUGUCCUGAUAACAAUAUUAUUUGAAUUAAAAUACACCAAAAUCAAAAGAAAUAGAUCCAGAGGUAAUGUACCUGAGAUAUAAAAUUUCUUGGUGCCAGGAUUACAUUUGUCAAUAUUUUUUUCUUUGAUUUGAUGAAGUUGUGAUUUUCUGGUUAGGAGAAUUUCAAACUCUCUUUUGCUGUUAUAAGAACAAUAACAACAAAAAAGCUGUUGCCAAUGAAAAUACAUACUGAUCCAUCAUAAAUUCUAUCUUAGUAUCUUUUAGUAUAAUACAUGCUGACAAUUGUCUUGCCAAAACCAUAUAAUUAAUAAAAAAGGUGAGACUGUUCUUUAGCAGUACAGUAGAGAUUUCUUCUAGUAUCAAUGAAGAGAUCAUUGCAAUUGGCACCUGGUAUAACCAUAGACAUCUUUACUGGUUGGUAAAUAUUUUACUGGCACUAUGCAGCCCAAGAAUGCAAAUGAGAAUGCCAUCUAUUGAGCUCUGAUGCACAGAAGUGGUUUGUAGUUCAAGGGUCUGCAGUUCAUGAAAAGAAAGAAUACAGGACAUGCUGGCAUUUGUAAAUAUAUCUUGAUGCAUUCUCUAGGUUGCAUCCAGAGUUUUUUCAGAGCUUGCUAUCAAGUUCAUAGAAGCUUAUAAUUCUCAUUAUUAUUAUAUAUUUGUCCUUUCAUUAUGGGCAUUUCUAGACCAUGUGUGUAUAGCUGGUUCAGGCUCUAAAAUAGUGAUGGUCCUGAUACUCUUUUUGUGGUUUUUGUCACUUUUAAGAAUGCAUACUAAUUCAGAGUGUCUUAUUGCUUAUGACUUCUACAAAGCACUUUUCUUCACAAUCACAUUGUGAAGUACAUCAGUAAUAGGUUUAUUUUGCAUAGACAAUGCUGGGGCCAAAAAGAUAAUGGAAUUAGGUUUCCUGUCCAGGCAUUAGGCCGUUUUGAAGGAUAAUUACAAAAAAGCAAGCUGCUUCAAGGUUUAUACUAAACACGAGUCCUCAGAAUUCAGUUAUUUUCUUAAAAUGGAACAGAAGCUCCUAGCAUAAAAUAUUAUGAUUAUUAAAAAAAAUGGGGGGGGGGGAUUUACUGUAAUAUUCUGAUUUGUUGGAAGGCAAAGUACACACCAUUUGCAAUAAAGAGCAAGAGUUCACAACAUGUUACAAUGGAGGUUCCCAUCUACGUCAUGGUGUGAUGAUGUGCCAAUUAAAUAUUAACCAGCUUAGGGACAGCUAAUUCCUUCAGUUAUGUAAUACACAAUUCCAAAAGAAGAAGAAUGUAUUAUCAAUGCUAACUGACUCAAGGUUGACUCAGCCUUCCAUCUUUCCGAGGUUGGUAAAAUGAGGAUCCAGAUUGUUGGGGGCAAUAUACCGAAAUCUAAACUGCUUAGAGAGGGCUGUAAAAGCAGUAUGAAGUGGUGUACAAGUCUGAUGCUAUUGUUAUUUCUAACUCAAAAGUGCUGGGGAGAAAUAAGGGACUGGGUGGGACAAUCAAUCCAUCUGUGUUUUAUCCUUUCCAUUGUGAUGAUUACUACCUGAAACAUUAAUAAAGCAGAUGUAUAUUUAGUAUAGGAAGGUGUAGAUGGAAAAAGAAAGAUCUAAUUAAAAGGACUGAAUCAGGCUUAAGGCUAUGAAGAAAAAUAAAACCCUAUGAAGUCCCCUUGAGGCAUCCCAGCUCAGGAUAUUGACAUGUGCUCCAUUCUCACUUCUCCUGAUGACAAGACCGGAGUGGAAUAUGCACAGUCCACCCUCUCCACACAACACACAAAGAUGCCACAUGUGGGAAGUGUAUAGCAGAAACACAGAGAGACUCAACACAUUAAAUAAAAAUGCCUUCUAUGGCCACUGUUGAUAAAGAGGUGGAAAAAAUUUUUUGGAAGCCAUGCUUGGCUUUCUAUACUUUAUUUUUUUUAUUAUAAUAUAGGCUAUGGAACAUGGGUAUAAGUGGGCUCCUGCUGCUUUUGCUAGAAUGAUGAAAGCUGUGUUGAGCAGUAAGCUCUACCCAUUUUGGAUGUGUGUGACACAUGUAAGAAAGAAGUAGUCCUUAUAGUACAGGUAGUCUUCGACUUGCAAUCAUUCAUUUAAUGGCACUGAAAAAAGUGGGUUAUGACUGUUUUCACACUUAUGAUGGUUGCAGCAUCCCCAUGCUGAUAAAAAUUUGUAUCAUAAUUGCACUGUCCUCUGGUCCAUGUGAUUAUCAUUUGUAACUUUCCUAGCCAACUUCCAACAAGCAAAAUCAGUGGAGGAAUCCAGAUUUGCUUAGUAACCAUGAUUCACUUAACUGCAGUGAUUUAUUUAACAACUGUGACAAAAAGGUCAUAAAAUGGGGCACAACUCACUUAACAACUGCUUUGCUUUGCAACAAAAAUGUUGGGCUCAACUGUGAUAAUAAGUCGAGGAAUACCUAUACCACUUUUCAUUAGACUGACUAGUUUGACAUUUCUUGCUCCAUGGAUGUCCUUGCAUAAAGAAAUUUCAAAAAAGAAUUCCAACUCUUUCUUUGUCCUGCCUUUGUGUCAUAAAAAACUGAGCAGGAUCUAUUUUUUCAUUGCUUUACAAUUAGAAGGCAUUUAAAAAUGCUUCUUGGAGGAACUUUUGGUUGUUAUAAGUAUGUAGACAAGUGUUUCCAAAUUCCCUACCCAGAAAGGGAAUUAAUUCCAUCCCAAACAUGCCAAUCUGAUACUACAAAAAUGGAGCUCUUUUCAUUGCAUUCUCUUGGCUUUCCCAUUAAAAAGGAGUAGUCAACUACUAGGACUUUGGGCUUGACUACCCACCAGUUUUGUAAAGAGAAUAUUUCCUGCCCACCAUUUCCAUCUACAGUUCUGCAAGAAUCACUUUUAUCAGAUUUAUAA